UACUUCGAAUAUGACCACAUGAACUGAUAUGAUUGGCUUAUUUAAACUAAUCAUAAGUUUGGCCCGGAGAAUAUCUUGAUUAUGAUUGGAUCAAAUCUUAGAAACUUGGGUAGUACCACUUAAGCCAGCAGUCGCAUGUCGUUCCCUGUACUUCGUCGUUUCGGACUACCUUUUGACACAUGGAUGAAGGACUGCCUCGAUACUAAUAGUAUCUCAGCUAGUAGCUAGUACUCCGGCUUGAUAUUUGUAAGGGAUGGAUAGUAGUAAGCCCACCUUACUACUUCUAUCCAAGGUUCCAUCCCUGUGUUACUAUUGGCCAGUGGAACGAAGUGGCCCCACACCAGAAUUCGUUGACGUUUUGGCUUUUCUAUUUCUGGAUCGCGGUGUCAUAGAUACUAGGAGUAUAUACUUUGUACUUGUAUUGUCGUAUGAACUGUUGUUAUAUGAAGUAUAUAUAUACUGUCCAGUCAGCCAACAUUUGGCCGUUUAUGCUAUUUCGCCAUCGAUUGAUUUUCUUUGUACUGAAUUUUGUAUGCAAAGAGUCAAAGGUCACGCUAUAUUGUAUUUAGACGCACACUAAUUUUCAGUUUUGAAUGGUUCAAAAGUGAUUUGGAUUGGACCUUGAUUAGCGUUCUAAUUUUUAAUUGGUCGACCUCUUGUCGUCCGACUUAUUUCUUCGCUCUUUCAGCCAACAUUUCAAUCGAUCAAUUGUUUGUUUGUACUGAAUGUUGCAUGGAAAACCGUCCAGAGUCACCCUAGUACAAGUACUUGGAUGUUAUUCAAGCGAGAAUACUUUAUUUGCACACUUGAUUCAUGUUUUGGGCUUUGAUAUUUGGUGCUACUAUGUACUACAGUACCCCACUCCGAUUUUUUGAAUCCAUAAUUUUGUCUGCAAGGGUGUAUUAUCCUUAUUUUGGAGUGCGAUUUAAGCAUAUUCAAUGUAUGGUAUACACAUUUCAAGAUGAAUUUUUUGCCCUGGGCCAACCUAAACAACAACACGAAUCGAUGUGUGAUGGGUUGACAAUUUGGUGCAUUUUGAUUGGCUAGGACAUAUCCUUCCAUACUGCAUUUGUCAAAAGUGCAUCCUUUGACAGUCAAGACUAGCUAUAUAUAUAUAAUCAUAUAACUGAAG